CUCCAGCAGGGCCUGGAAAUUAUCGGGAGUAAAGAGACCUUCGGGGAUCUCAUCAGCCUCGUGUCCAUCCAGAGUGUCCUGAUUUCAUCUUCACUCAAUCCUUUUAUUCGUUUUCUGUGUCUGCUGUGAGGAUUGUUCAAAUGACUGUCUAUGUUUGUGCUUAGAAGUGAAAUGAAUUUUGUGUAAGCAGCAUAUAGUUGCCAUGAAACUGGAUGAGUUUAUUAAGACCAACCAGAAAAGUCUGGAGAAAAAUCUGAAUCAGGAUGUUAUGAAAAAUAAUAAGACAUUAACUCCCAAGGGAGUUGAAUUCAGAAAAACCCUUAAUUUAAGUAUAAGCCAUAUUCCCAAACUGAGUAUCAAAAAGGGUAACUAUUCAGGAAUAAAAUCUGAAGAAUGCAGUAUAUGUCACAAUGUGUGUCCCCAUUGUGGGCCUGAUCAACUACAAGCUGGAGAGAAAUUUCAUGCUACUAAGGUAGCUGGGAACACUCUCCAGUUCUGUGAACCUCUUAAUCAACAGCACAAAAUUCAGACCAUGGAGCAGGCACUUGAACAAAUUGGACAAGGGAAAGUCUUCAAAAGGAAGAAUAUAUUCUGUGAAUCUGAGAAGCUUUUUAUGGUAGAAACCUGUAAUAAGUCAACUGCCACUUUUGGCAAGACAACUCAAAUAGUGCAAGAUUUCCAUAAGAAUUCUAACCUUAGUAUACAUAAACAAAGUCCCAAAAGAGAGAACAUUUUUAAGUAUAUUGGGCCUGUGGAACCUAUCAUUUACCAAUCACAUGUUAGAAUGAAUCAUAGACCAAAUAUAGGGAAGAAAUCCUAUGCAUGUAAACCUUGUGGGAAGUCAUUCAGUAUUAAAUUCUGCCAUACCCUCCAUCACAGCACUCAUAUAGUAGAAAACCCUCAUGUGUGUAAUGAUUGUGGAGAAACCACUCACCAGAAGUCAGACCUCAUUAGACAUCAGAGAAUUCACACAGGGUUGAAAUCUUAUAAAUGUAAUGACUGUGGGAAGUUCUUUGGCCAGAAGAAACACCUCAUAAAUCAUCAGCGAAUUCACACAGGUGAGAAACCUUAUGAAUGUAAUGACUGGAAAAUCCUUUGGCCAGAAGGCAAACCUCAUAAAUCAUCAGAGAAUUCACACAGAGGGUAAGCCUUAUGAAUGUAAUCAUUGUGGAAAAGCCUUUGGCCAGAAGUCAAACCUCGUAAAUCAUCAGAGAGGUCACACAGGGGAGAAACUUUAUGAAUGCAAUGACUGUGGAAAAGCCUUUGGCCAGAAUUCAAACCUCAGAAAGCAUCAGAGAAUUCACACAGGGGAUAAGUGUUAUGAGUGCAAUGACUGUGGAAAAGCCUUUGGCCAGAAGCCACACCUCAUAAAUCAUCAGAGAAUUCACACAGGGGAUAAGCCUUAUGAAUGCAAUGACUGUGGAAAAACCUUUGGCCAGAAAUCACAACUCAAAAUGCAUCAGAGAAUUCACACAGGGGAGAAACCUUAUGAAUGUAAUGACUGGAAAAGUCUUUGCUGAGAAGUCAAACCUCACAAAGCAUCAGACAAUUUGUACUGGGGGGGAACCUUAUGAAUGCAAUAACUGUGAAAAAACCUUUGCUGAGAAGUCAACCCUCAGAAAGUAUCAGAGACUUCACACCAUGGAGAAAGCUUAUAAAUGAAAUGACUGUGGAAAAGCCUUUGGUCCCAUCCUUGCAUACCAAGGAUAAAUCCCACUUGGUCUGGGUGGAUGAUCUUUCUGAUGCAUUGUUGGAUUCAAUUGGCCAGAAUCUUGUUGUAGAUCUUUGCAUGUAUGUUCAUCAGGGAAAUUGGUCUAUAAUUACUUUCUUUGUUGCACUUUUUUCAGGUUUAGGAAUGAAGGUGAUGCUGGUUUCAUAGAAAGAAUUUGGGAGAAUCGCCUCUCUCUCAAUUGCUUUUUAUAACUUGAGAAGAAUUGUAGUUCGUUCUUUAAAUGUCUGUUAGAAUUCAGCAGUGAAGCCAUCCAGUCCUGGGAUUUUCUUUGCAGCGAGGGUCUUUAUUACUGAUAUCAUUUCCAUCUGGUUCUGUGUGUGUUUAGGUUUUCUAUAUCUUUGUUGCUCAAUUUAGGUAGGUUUUAUGGAUGUAAGGAUAGUGGAAAGCCUCUUUGCUGUGAUUCAUAACUCAUAAGAUAUCACAGAAUUAACACAGGGAAAUUUCUACAUGACCUUUUUGUGCAAGUUAUAUCUCAUGAAAUAUUAGAGAAUUCACCAAGGGGAGAAAUGCAUGAAUGUAAUAAAUGUGAAUAAGCCUUUGUGGUGCAAAUCAGACCUCAUCAAACAUAAAAGAAUUCUCAUGGGGAGAAAUUUUAUGAAUGUAAUGACUCAGAGCCUUUUACCAUAAUUCAGCCCUCAUUGUACAUCAUCAAAUUCAUAUAGGGAAAAACUCCUUUGAAAGUAAAAUCCCUUUAAUUAGAAGCCAUACCUCAUAAGACAACAGGGAAUUCACAUGGGAGAGAAACCUUAUGGGUGUAGUGAGUGUUGGAAAGCUCUGCCCAAAUCUCUCCUUAUAUCAGAAUGCACAACACAUAUAUCUAAUGAAUGAAAUAAAUGUGAGAAAGUCAUUUCACAUAGGUAAUGCCUCAUAAUCCAUCAUGGAAUUUGAACAAGGGAGAGACCUUAACAAUAUAAUGAAUGUGGAAGAGCUUUUCUCCAAAAUUCGUGUAAGUAUUGUGACAAAACCUUUUGCUGGAAAUCACAUCCUAUCCAACAGAGACUCAUGUAAAGGAGAAAGCUUAUAAAUAUUAUUAGUGUGAAAAUGUUGUUUGUCAGAAGUCAAUGGUACAUCAGAGAAGUGACACAGGUGGUUUCUUAGGAGUGUAAUGAUUGUGUAGAAACAUUUUCUUUAUUUCAGGCUUGUAUAGAUAUAGAAUUCACAAAAGGUGAUAUUCUUUGCAUGCUGUAAAUAGGAUAAAACCUUUAGCCAGGAAUUAGACAUCAAUAGACUUCAGAGAAUUUAUAAGGAACAAAAGUCUAUGCAAUGAAUUUGGAAAAAGUAUUUCUGCUAUAAAUCAGUCUUCAAUUCCCAUGAAUAGACUCACAAAUGAGAAAACAUGCAUGCAUAGAAAAGUUUUGUACCGUAAAUUAUCUCUAGAUGGUAAACUAAUAACUCACACAAAAGAAAAAUCAUGAGAGUAAUGGAACUGGGAGACCCUUUGCUAUAAGGCAGAUUUCCAGAAAGCUUAGCAAGAUUACAGAAAAGUCUCUGAAAAUGUAACAUGUCUGAAAGAUUUGUUGGCAUCACAAAGGGGAGGAUAGCUCAAGUGCAUGUGUUUUUGUGACCAGGCAUCAAAAUUGAUAUCUCUUUUUCUUUGAUGAAUUCCUUAUUUAUUUAUUUAACAGAUUUAGAGACAAAGGAUUCCUGUUCAUUGAUUUACUACUAUAAGCCCACAAUUGCCAUGGUAAGGUCUAUGGCAAAAACUGAGUGCUGAGGGCUGUGAAUCUGAUUCAUCACUGAUAACACUGAAGACAUUGGUUCCUGGUUCUUAUGCUGCUAUGCAUGGAAAUGUUUUUCUAAUUUCAUUUUCAAAUAGUUCAUUGUUAAUAUAAAGAAAUGCUUCUAAUUUUUAAAAUUUCAUUUAAAUAAUUUGUGAUUAAUGUGUACUAGCCAUGCAUUAUUACAGGGUGUAGUGCAAUACUUGCACACAUUUAUGCAGUAAAAACUGAUCAAGCUAAGCAACUACAGUUUUCUUAAUUUUUUAAAGAUUUAUUUAUUUGAAAGACAGAGUUACAGAGAGAAGUAGCAGCAGAGAGAGAGAGAGGUCUUCCUCUGCUCGUUCACUCCCCAGAUGGCUGCAAUGGCUGGAGCUCUGCCAAUCUGAUGCCAGGAACCAGGAGCUUCUUCCAGAUCUCCCACUUGGGUGCAGGGACCCAAGGAUCUGGGCCAUCUUCUACUGCUUUCCCAAGCCAUAGCAGAGAGUUGGAUCAGAAGAGGAGCAGCCAGGACUAGAACUGGUACCCACAUGGGAUGCUGGUGUUUCAGGCCAGGGCGUUAGCCCACUCUGCCACAAUGCUGGCCCCCAAGCAACUAUAGUUUCUAAUUCUUCUCCAUGAUUUGAGACUACCAGCUCCUCUCUUUCAGUUCUUUACACAGAACCUAAUAUGGUUGAAUGUAGUCAUCUCAUGAUAUUAUGGAACACCAGAAGUUCUUUCUGCCUCUUUGUAUUUUGUUACCUAUUAUCCAAUCCCCCUCUAUCCCUAGCUGCUUCCCUUCUCAGCUGCUAGUAAUCACAGUUCUGUGUUCAGAUCCAUUAUUUUCUUUCACUUCCACAUGUGACAAGGACCAGGUGACAUUUGUGUUCCUGUUUCUGGCUUAUUUCCAUUAAUUUAAUAAUAUUUUGUUCUUUUUUGUAUCUAAAUGAAGUUCCCCUGUCCAUUUCUUUUUCAUUGAUGGAAAGCUAGAUUGGUUUCAAAUCAUGGCUGCAGUGAACUGUGUUAUAGUGGCUGUGUUAUGGGAAAAUUGCUGUAUCUUUGAUAUGCUCUUCUGCUUUCCUUCUAAUAAAAUUUCCUUAUUAUAUAUAGCCAAGAGCAAGAUAACUUUCAAAUGGUAGGUCAAUUUUUAUCUUUAUUUUAAAUUUUUGUUAUUUAUUUGAAAGAGUUACAGUAGAGGUAGAGACACAGAGAGGUCCUCCAUUAGCUGGUUCACUCUACAGAUGACUACAAAGGCCAGAGCUAUGCCAUUCUGAAGCCUGGAGACAGGAGCUUCCUCUGGGUCUCCCACAUGGGUGCAUGGGUCCAAGGACUUGGGCCAUCUUCUACUGCUAUCCCAGGAGAUAGCAGAGAACUGGAUUGGAAGAAGAGCAGCUGGAACUAGAACUGGCACCCAAAUGGGAUGCUGGCCCUUCAGGCCAGGGCUUUAACCCACUGCACAACAGCACCAGCCCCAAUUUUUAUCCUUUUUAAGGAAUGACCAUACUGUUCUCCAUAACAUCUGUACUAAUUUGUGUUUUCACCCACCAUAUAUGAAGGUUUUCUUUUCCCAUAUGCUCUCUAACAUUUGUUAUUUUUUAUCAUUUUGGCAUAAAGAUGAUAUAGUUAUUGUUCAUGUUUUUGUGUAUUUUGAAAUCAGUUAAUUUAUUUAUUAAAUAUUGUUUAUUUGAAAGGUGGAUUUAGAGCAAGAGGGAAAGACAAAGAUAGCUUUCAUCUGCUGGCUCACACCCCAGAGAGUUUCAACAAUUGAGCCUGGGGCAUGCUGAAGUCAGGAGCUUCAUCCAAGUCUCCCACGUGAGUGGCAAGGACCCAAGUCCUUCGUCCAUCUUCUGCUGGUUUCCCAGGUGUUUAGCAGUGAGCUAAAUUGGAAGUGGAGAUUCCUAAACUCAAAGUGGAACUCACAUGAUAUGCUGGCCUCACAGAUUGCAGCUUACCCCACUUAGCCACAAUGCCAGCCCCUCGAUCAAUUUAAUUAAUCAAAAAUAGGUCAGUAAUGUUGGCAUCUAUCUCAUUUUGUUUCUUCUCUGUUAUUAUUCAACUUACUGAUGUUUUAUUUUUGUUCACAUUAUUCUUCUCAAUUGCUCUACCUGAGGUGAGUAGGGCUGCUGUGUUGCUUAACUGCAGUGUAUGCUUUAGAUUACUCAUUUACUGAGUGUAUGUCAUUCACAUAGCACUUCAUUGAAGUUCUACUAUGUCCCAAAUCCUCUUCUAGGCACAGAAUUCAGACCACUUUUCUCUUAGGCCUAGAUCUUGCCUUUGACAUACUACUUGGAAUUUAGUAGCUCAUGAAAUCUGCAGACUGCAUAAAUGAAUGAGUAUUGUGAGGGCUGUGCUUUUGUGGAGGAACUUCAUAAGAGACCGAAGGAAUAAAAUAAAUCAAAAGUAUCCACAGUAUAUAGAAUGUAUACUAUUUUACAAGUCACAGAGAAGAGGAAGAAGAAGGAAAGUAGUGAGACUAGAAAGUUUGUGGCAAGACUAACAGGCACUUGUCGAGAACUUAAUAAGACCAUUAGGAAAGCAGUAAGGUUUCUUUACCUCCCUGUGGACUCUGCUCUCCAGAGGUGAACAGGGUCCUCUAAACCCACUUGCUGCACACAUAAAAACCUGAGCGCUGUAUUCUCCCACAGGUGUUGGAGACUGAUAUUGUGUUCUGAUUUAUAUAUAGAGUUUCCCUAUGUUUACUUGGGUUUUGGUCUUAUGAUUACAUUUUUAAUUCGCUGUGAGUUCACUUUCACAGAGUGUAAGAGAUGUUGGAGUCUAUUUUCAGGCUUCUACAUAUGGAUAAUCAAGUUCCUCUGCACCACUUGUGAAAGAGAUUCUUCUUUCUCCAGUUCAUUUUAGUUCCUUUGUUAAAUAUGAGUUGCUGGUAGAAAUGUGGGUUUAUUUCUAUGCUACUUAUUCCUUUCCAUUGAACUAUGUGUGUGUUAUUAUAUCAGUGCUAACACUUCUUCUUUUUUUUUGCAGUUUAUUUAUUUGAAAGGCAGAGUUACAGAGAGGUAGAGGCAGAGAGAGAGAGGUCUUCCAUCCACUGGUUACUCCCCAAAUGGCCACAAUGGCCGGUGCUGUGUUGAUCUGAAUCCAAGGGUCAGGAGCAUUUUCCAGGUCUCCAUGCAGGUGCAGGGGCCCAAAGACUUUGGCCAUUUUCUUUCUUUUUUUUUUUUAGAUUAAUUAGAGUUUAUUUUAAAAUUAUUUUAUUAAUUUUAAGGGAAAUUCAGAUUCCCAUAUGUUAUUAAAGAUAGUUUUCACUGGGAUUCAGAAUAUUAUUUUUUCUUUUUUUUAACUUUUAUUUAAUGAAUAUAAAUUUCCAAAGUACGAUUUAUGGAUUACAAUGGCUUCCCCCCAAUACCGUCCCUCCCACCCACAACCCUUCCCUUUCCCACUCCCUCUCCCGUGCCAUUCAUAUCAAGAUUCAUUUUUGAUUAUCUUAAUAUACAGAAGAUCAGCUUAGUAUACAUUAAGUAAGGAUUUCAACAGUUUGCUCCCACACAGAAACAUAAAGUGAAAAAUAAUAGAUGAUUUUUUUAAAAUGAUGAUGAAAUCAGAUCAGACCUAUUGUCAUGUUUAAUCCCAGUGAGAGUCAAGUUGGGAGUUGAUAAUUUCUUUUUAUUUUUUUACAGAGGAUCAGUUUAGUAUGCAUUAAGUAAAGAUUUCAACAGUUUGCACCCCC